AUGGCGCGAUACGUACUUGGAGUGUUGUUUCUAGCAUGCAGCUUUACGCUCCUCUUUGCAAUUCCAACCGAUAAACCAGCGGCAAACGCAGUAUCAAAUACCGCUGAAGUUGCUCCACCAUCUUCACCCGCUUCUGAACCUGCUACUCAACCUGCGACAGCUUCCGAAGCUGCUACCCAAGCUCCGACAACUGCUGAGCCCACCACUACCAUUGCACCAACGACAGUGGAGGAAGAAACUGGACCACCACCGAUCGUCUGUACUGAUCCGCGCGAAAUCUACGACGAGUGUGGAAGUGCCUGCGGUGAUCGUACGUGUGACAAUCAGAGACGCUCGGACGUGAAAUGCUCCAAGCAGUGUGUGGAAGGUUGCUAUUGCCGCAAUGGCUACGUGCGUGACAAGUCCCGCCACUGUAUUCCGGCGUACCGCUGUGGUAAAGGUUUGUGGUGA